UGGAAUAUAUGGAAAGCAAUAUCGAAGUCUUGGGUUUGCCAUUGUUCUUACCAGUAUACAUCGCCAAUGCCACGGCUUUCAUGCCGGUUGCUUCGAGAAUGACUCUGGUCAAUUGACAUCAAUCUCAUUUGACCAGGGCCCAACGGAAAGCCCCGGGUGCCACCUGAAGAGACAGAGGUGGAAUGUAGGACGAAGAAAAUGGGAUGGUAUCACAGCAGGCCAAGUAGGCAUCUCGGCGGCUGCUGUCGGCUAUCGGCGACUACAAUCUACGGAGGCAUACGGCAAGGCCUCGCGCACAAAUACAAUUGAAACAUUUUUGGGACAUUCAAAGUGUCAUUUGCACAACUUCAGUGACCUCACCGCACAGAUGGAUGCCUCUAAGCCGAUCAUCUUUUACGACAUCGCUUCGGCCCCGCCCGCCACUUGCUUUGCGCCCAAUCCCUGGAAAACACGAUAUGCGUUGAAUUUCAAAGGCGUCCAUUACCGGACCGAGUGGGAAGAACUUCCUGAUGUCACCUCGGUGCGCAAGAAGCUCGGCGCGGAGCCCAAUGAGUCCAUAUGGACGGCAGUGCAUUCCACACACUGCCUAUCAUUCAAGACACGGCCACCGACAAAAUCGUCGGGGAUUCGUUCGAGAUCGCGCUCUAUCUCGACAAAACCUACCCGGAUGGCCCGACUGAUCCCCGACGCAACGUUCGGCCUUCAGGCGGCUUUCAAUGUCCAGGUGGAUGCCAUUUUCACCCAGCAUACCCUGCUCGCUCUUCACGGCAUACCGUUGAACCCGGCAACUGCGGAAAUCUCCAAGGCCGAAUUUGCCAGGAGAGCGGGAAAGGCAUGGGACGAGCUGACGGUGCGAGGUGAGGAGCGAACGAAGAUGCUGGAGUCCUUCAAAGCAGCGCCGGGAGAGUUGGCCAAACUCUAUCGGCAAAAAGAUGGCGUGUUUCUAGAUGGCGAUCGCCCCUCGUAUGCGGAUUUGAUCGUGGGCGGCUGGUUGAAGCUUUAUAAGGCAACUAUGGAGGAGUGGGAGGAGCUUGAGUCCUGGCAUGAUGGCCUGUGGAAGCAGCUUUAUCUGGCACUCGAGAAAUAUGCCGAGGUCAAGUAAUAGACUGAGUCAUGCUUGUUAGGUUGUUCCUGGACGAGUCUUCUGCAGAGAAGGCGUGGUAGGGUUUGAGAUGGGAUGAUGCUUGAUCAAAUGACGCCAAUGCUAGAUUAUCUAAACUGUAUCAAUAGGCAAUCAUUUCAGCUGUAGUAGAUAUGCUUUUUACCAAUAUUUAGCUUUCGAGC